AUGGCGGACGUAGAAAUGGAUGUCGACCCGCCGCAGCAGGCAGCCUCCCCCGAAGCCAAACCCGCCGGUGAAACGCGCACUCAAGCCGGCGCUGUCGCAGUCCGUUCGAUCGAGGGAUGGAUCAUCAUGGUCACCAAUGUGCACGAAGAAGCGAGCGAGGAGGAUCUGACGGAUCUGUUUGGAGAAUACGGCGAGAUCAAGAACAUUCACCUGAAUCUGGACAGGAGGACGGGCUAUGUCAAGGGCUACGUUCUCAUCGAAUAUCCCACCCUCGCAGAGGCGAAAGCUGCUAUUGAAGGCGCGAACGGACAGAAGCUCCUGGACCAGACUCUUGCGGUUGACUUCGCAUUCGUACGGCCACCUCCCGGAAAAGGACAAGCAGGUAGAGGCGGACGAGGUGGUGCGGCGAGGGGUGGAGGUGGAGGGAGAGCGAGGAGCAGGAGUCCAGGCGAGGGACGAGAUGACAGGGACGACUGA